CAGUACGGCCCUUUUACCUGAAGCCAGCCAGUUGUCUUGGUUCUUUGGCCGUAGCUGGACGCACGCGAUCAAGGUUCCCAGUGGCCUUACUCCAGUUGUGCAACCUAUUCGUAAAUAAACCUACUCGUCCAACAGAAAAAAUUAAAAAACACUAUUUAAAUUUUGAUGACUGUUUUUUUUUUGGGUGUGUGUGUGUGUGUUUCGGGAUAAUAGAGAACUUGUUGCCUACAUUGCACAUCUAAAACACAUCGGUCACCGACACCCCAGAGGGACGUGAUUGGACUACUAUUCAUAAACACAUUUUGCGGACGACGAAAUAGUACCGUUUGACCAUCGGCGGUUUAGUGGCAUCGAUAACUGCACCCUUUGAAUGGCCGUGUGUGUUAAGAAAUUUUGCACAACGCCAGCCGUGUCCGCUAGUGUCGUUAGUGAUUGGCAUCGGCUCCAUCAUCGAUAAAUCCGUAAUGGACCGUGUUCAACUCUGAGUCGUCAGUGUAAUUAUAAGGAGGAAACGAAUACAGGGAGAAGUGGAAGAGGGAAGGAGUAAACGAAGGAAGGCAACAGAAAACUCCGUAGUAGAAAUAUCACGCUGAAGUAGCAGGAAGAGAGAAUAGGACAAAUCGGGAAAAGAAGACGAAGAAGAACGGCGAAAGUAAAACGAACGGAAAAGGACAAUGGCAUCAGGCGCUUCUAUCAUCCAGCUUCUUUUCGUCGUGCUAUCCAUCCAGACCAUUAUCUGUCACGGUGCAGAGCUAGCAUUGGCAGGCAACGCCCCGACUGUAUUAGAAGACCUAUCUGGUCUGGCCGGCCAGGAAGUGUCGGUUCCGUGCAGCGUGGACGUGGCCACCUGCGGGGAUUUCCACAGCGUGAAAUGGUACCGCGAAUCGCAGCGCGUCUUCGUCUACAGUGAACUGGCAAAUCUGGAACGGUCGGAAGGAUCGUUGACCAACAGAGCUCGGUUUGUCUUGUCGUCGAAUGAAACCCAAGCCGGGUUGAAGAUUAGCAGCUUGCAACUGGCCGACGAAGGUCUUUAUCGAUGCGAGAUCACCUAUUUGGAGAUCAACGAAGGCUGCCCUGUCGUUCAAUAUGUUAACCUCACUGUUCUUGCUGCUCCCGAUUACGUCGAGAUUUUGCUGGAGGACGGAAAAACAUCAGCAGCAAUUAGAAAUGUAUCGCGGAUCGGCCCGUUCAACGAAGGUACAAUCGUCACCUUAUUAUGUCGAUCUGGAGGCGGCAGACCCGUCCCUCGCAUUGAAUGGUGGAACGGAUCGCACGUCAUGGAAGCAGAUGAAGUUGUGGCCACGCAGGAAGACAACGGCGCAGUAACUGGUAUCAAUCGGCUUCAGGUAGCAUUAUCACGUCAAGACUUGGAUGCACAAUGGCAGUGUCGUGUCCGUAGCCCAGCCCUAAGUUCACCGUUAGUCGCCAAUUUGCGCAUCGAUGUACAUGUGAAACCCACUAACGUGACACUCACCGGACUGGAUACGGCGGUUACGGAAGGAACUGCCGUUGUCGUUUAUUGCGUGGCUGAUGGCGCACGGCCAGCUGCUGCCAUCACCUGGUACAACGAUUCAUCGCCACUGCAGAAGAGCGCGGUCGAGACAACGCAACUACAGCCGGAAGACGAAGCGGAAGUCGAGGAGCAAUCGGAUGGCACUUUCAGCACGCGGAGCCGACUCAUUUUCACGCUGAAUCGACACGACCAUCGACGUUAUAUCACCUGCCGUGCCGGUAACACGGUCACUGACGAUUUGCAGCAUAAACCGGUCCAGGUGUCACAGCUCCUCAGAGUCGAAUAUGCCCCUACGGUAGCCGUUUCACCCGAAAACGUCACCGUCAACGAGACAAUGGACGUGCUCAUUUUUUGCACUUACGAUGCCAAUCCGGUCACCUUGACGUCCGUCCAGUGGUUUAAGGACGAUGUGGAAAUCAUCAUCGAUGGCCCACAUAAGUACGAAGGUGCCACCGUUGACCAGCCGGCUCUCCUCCUCAAGAAAGCGACGAGAGACGAUGCCGGAGCUUAUACAUGUCGCCUUACCAACGCCAUAGGCACAGGCCAGUCGGAAAACGUCGCCUUCAUAUCCGUCCAGUAUCCAGCGGAAGUGCGUUUGGUCAUGGAACCUGAGCUGCCAGUCAACGAACUGGAACGUCCCAAUAUCACUCUCAACUGCCAGGUGAGCAGUGGUUACCCACCCGUGCUGUUAGGAGUCCGCUGGUAUCUAGAUGGCGAGCUCCUCAAAGAGUUGCCUGAUUGUCCGCUCAAUGAAACCAUUACCUCAUUUUCGAUGUACGACGAAGAUUUGUGUGACGUAGACCCGAGCAAAUUACUUCUCGAAUAUGUUGGUCGCUCAUUCCAAGGGAAUUACUCUUGCGAAGGCAUGAACGCCGCCGGAUGGGGACCACCUUCCGAAGUCGAAACUCUUGUCAUUUACUACCCACCGGGCAAUACCACACUGACCUACGAGCCGGAGGUGGUAGUAAAAGAUGGUCCUAUGACUUUGACUUGUGGGGUUUCGGAUGUCGGCCAGCCUGCUGUUACACAAUACCGAUGGACACGCAAUGGCCACGUCAUUCCAGAGAUUAGUGACGCCCAAUGGAAUGUGAGCCAAGUGACCCUUAACUAUCAAGCUAACUACUCAUGCACGCCAGUCAAUGAGGCAGGUGAAGGAGAAACGGCUACUAUUGAAGUUGAGGUCUAUGCUGCACCGACGUUCAUUGAACGCCUGCCACCAACUUCCGGUGCUCUCUCAGACUCUGCCGACUCGGCCAAAUUAUCCUGCCGUGUUGAGUGUUAUCCACUCUGCCAAAUCGAUUGGUUCCGUAAUGGAGUACCCAUCCGAGAAUCACCCAUGUACACGGUCGUCGAUAGCUUCGUGCCAGAAAACAUCAAGUUUAACCAACACCAGUCGGUGAAAUCGAGUUUAUCUUUCAACAUGCGGAUGUGGAGUCAGGCAAAAUUAGACCCGAUAGCCGACACGGCGAAUUAUACGUGCACGUCAACAGACAACGUGGUAGGCGAUGGCGUCUCCAGCACCACCCUAUUUACCGUUGAAUAUGCACCCACCGCGGCGAUUAUUGAUAACCCUUCGAUCGAAGUGGAGGAAGGUUCGAUCGUCGGCCAGUUGGAGUGUUCAGCGUCGGCCUAUCCGCUGGCCAAUUACUAUUGGCAGUACAACCACCAGAUCAUCGGCAAUGGACCUCGUCUGACACUCGAUUACGGUCUGAGCCGCGAUAAGACGGGCGAGUACUCGUGCGUGGCCCACAAUCAGCACGGCAACAGCAGCGCCAAAGCCUUCAUCAAUGUCGUUUUUAAACCAGAAUGUUCCAUCACACUGCGUGAGAUGGAAGGAAAAACGCGGUUAAUUUGUGAAGUCCAAGCCAAUCCUAAGCUGGUCGAUUUCAUGUGGAUGCUGAACAAUGCCACGUUGACUACUGACAUUGUGCACAUGGGUUUGCAAAGUGUUCUGACAAUUGACGGACCGGCUCCCACCAACGGAAUUUACUAUUGCCAUGCCAACAACUCCGUCGGAUUCGGGACCCCUUGCGAAAUUAGCGUUGAAGGUGGAUUGCUGGCGAAGCUGGGCGACGAAAACAUAAUCAUCAUCGCCGUCAUCGCAGCGGCCAUCGUCGUCAUCCUCGUCGUCUGUAUUGUGUUACUCGUCAUUUGCCGGAGGAAGCGAACCGAAGAUAAAUAUAACCCUGCCGCUACCAUGGAACAACGUGAAAAUCCGGAGGGAGGAUCACUUAUGACUCUGCAAUCGGGAACAGCAAUCCAACAAGUUCACCAACAUAAAUGGCCACUACGACCCGGUGUCCAGGUCCACGUCAACGACACGAACAGCCUUACAUUGGCUGCUUCCGGCUCUGUCCUUCUUUCGCCUGUUGACCAAACACAAGACGAAGCGCUAAGUUCCAAUUCGAAGCGACCCCGUUCCGAUUCCUCUGGUUCGCAAGCAGACCAAUUUGGUGCAGACAAAGCAGUUGACCGCCAAGCAGUAGAGCCGAACAUUCCGUAUUACGAGACGUUGCGGGAUCAAAAACCACCAUUGAGUGGAAACCGCGAUUCAGGAGGCGAGUCCCAAGCAACGGAUUCCGGCAGUGAGAGUACUCGUUCUGUUAUCUGUAUUAAAGGACCUUGUCGUCCUAAAACUCUAAUCCCCGUCACAUCUAAUCACCUAAGCGACACUGAAGGGUGUCGGGAGAAUCCAGCAGCUUCCAAGUCAGAGAGCGGCACUUCUACUAGAAAGAGGAAAAAACCAGAAGCCAAUUCACUAUCUACAUCCACUACAGCUGUAGCGGCAACGGGACCCUCCACCAAAAACGGCAAUGACAAUCUCCCAGAAAAUAGUAAAGCUUUCUACGAGAAUCUUCCCUUCCACGGGCUUCAAACCGCCCCAAAUAAGCCGUUCAAACCGAUCCUGUCCGAUCUAGUCUAUGCUGACGUCGAUGACAAAGAUUACGGACCAACCUACUACAAAAGGGCCAGCAUUCUACAAGCGUCGGAGAAAAAAGCUCAGGCGCAAGGACUACCGGUUCGUCCACCUCGUGAAACACGGCUCUAGAGCUACGACCCGCAUCGAUUCAACCCUGAUGUCUCCUUAGUCAUAAAUCUAAUGAUUGGCUGUAAAACAUGACAGUUUCCUAACUACUACGAAAUUCUGGUUCGAAAUAUUCAAAGUACUCUGUUUUACCUGAGAAGCAUGUUUGAUAGAAAUGGAUACUAUAUAAUUAAAAAAUCGAUUGCAGUCUGUUUUUCCCUCUGAACUAAUCCGCUAAAUGUAAAAAAAAAGUCAACUUGAAAUCCUUUCCGCUCGUCUUUGGCUUUGGUCGAGGAUUGCAGUUGUUGCUAACGGUGAAGUAGCAACCAUCGUUGCUAUUAGGAUCUUGAAAUUGUCGCAUAAGUGUAUAUUCAAGUGUUUUCAAGCAACAAUAUUUGCUGUGAUGUUUGUCGUGGGUUUGCUCGGAAAUGGAAAUGCUCCUUUUUUCUUGUACAGCAGUUGUUGUUCUGUGCACAAUAGCACACUCUGUUUCAGCUUUUAGGCAUCUAGGUACUGCUGACUUGAUAAUAUGAAAGAUAUCCUGCAUAUAGUUAUGUGUUUCUCUCCCGAACAACAUUUAACGUGAACUGCUCGUUUCCGAGAGCAGCGUGACUUGAUGCUACUGUACAGCGUAGGUCGUCUUUUUGCCAAAGAAAUUCCAGUAUAAGUCUGGAGAGCGAUACUAUGAAGAUCCGCAAGCUGCUUUCAGCAUCGUUUUAUUGUAUACCUAACUGUAAUACUUGAGUUUAUAGAUUAGUAAAUGAAACGUUCACGUUCAUUUUGAGUGAGUUUUGCAAUUUAUUCAGGAGCGGCGUUUAUUUUUAAGUUGUGGCUCAACCAAAGCAAUCGCCUGGCAUACUUAGGGAUGGUAUACUGACUUUCUAGAGCUCUCUCAAUAUCUGUGGUGGGAUGAAAAGUACCACAUUAGCGCAAAUCGAGAAAAAGUUGUCCCAUAAUAACAGGGAGGUGAUGUGCCAGGAGUAUUUUCUACAUUAAAUGGGCGUGAAUAAAAUCUAAAUUACUGUAUCUAGUUUUAACACUAAAAAAGACUUGUACGGCAAUUUUAUCUUACAAGUUCGUAUGAUCCAUCCUCAAGCUUUGUACGUUCGUAAUUUAAAAAAACCCGAACUAUCUUCUAUCCAAGGUUAACUGAACUACCAGAUUUUCUUGUGCAAUUGCCAUAACAUAGGCGCAAAUAAAAAAAUGGUAUUUGACUUGUCGUGACAAGCGGGGAAAAAAACCACCCAUCUUUUAUAACACAAAUGUUUUUAUGGCGAAGGCAAAGUAAUGUCUAAGAUGGUUUACCUUCGUCACCGAAGUGGUCCGCGUCAUGCCCUUCGUCCAGGUAUUUCGUUUUGCAGCUGAAAUUUCUCCUUUUUUCCGUUCGUACCAUCCUUUGGUACACCAGGAGCUAGUGUUGCAUCACUGCUAUUUUAUCCCUGACGACUGAGCUUUUAAGCGAAUAUUUUGAGCCAUAGCUUUCAAAACGAUUUCGAUUUAAAUGUUUCGAGCUCACCCCACUUCUGUGUGCAUGUUUAUAUACAAUAGUGCAAUUUCAUUAAAAUGUUCACAAUUUUUUUCUUUUUUGCCAUCGUUCAUUGUAAGCAGUAAAAAAUAAUACAAAGGGUCAGACAUU